GGAGAGCUGCGCGGCACUUGGGGAGAGGAGCCGGCGUGCCGCUCCGCGCCGUGCAGCCGAGGUAAGUUUGGCGGCCGCCUGCGCUCCGCGCCCGGGCAGGGGUCGCGCCUCGGCGGAGCGCGAACAAUGGGGCGGGCGGGGAGCGCCCCGCGGGUGCACCGGGCGGACGAGGAGCCGGGCCCGGCGGCGGGGAGGCGGCCCCGCGCCGGGAAUGCCCUUGCGGGGGCCCGACACCGGGACGAGUUGCCGCGGCGUGGGGCCGCCGGUCGCCAAAACAAAAGGGGCCGGGGCUCGGGGCUCGGGGCCGGGGCGGCGGCUGCCCCCGAGCAGGCGGGCGAGCGCCGUCGGGGCGGGCGGGCGGCGAGCCCUGGGGCCGCGGGCGUGCGCUUGGCCGGGGAGACGCGCGGGGGAGCUUGCGGCCGCUUUCCGUGCUGAGGGAAGCUCGCCUCGGUGGAAAUUCCUUGUGUCUGGGUUUUGAAAGCCAGUUGGGACCGGGGCCUCUCUCGGCAGGCAGGAGGAAGGAGCGGCCCCCCGCCUCCUCCCGCUGCCGCCCUCCCUCCCCCUCGGUGCAUCUGUCCAGGAAGCCGCUGGGCGGAGGGGAGGGGGCCGGGGGCAGGGGCCGGGGGGGCGGCGGGGAGGCCCGGCCGCCGCUCGCCGCCCGGCCGCCUUUGUGCGAGGGGAACGGGGAAAGCGCUGCCCGGCGCUGCGGAGCGGGGCGGGCGGAGCGCGGGGCUCCAGCCACUCUAGGAAUGUAAACACGCGCGGAGCCGGCCGGCCCCGGCGCUGCCCAAGCGCUGCCCGAACCCCGCGCCUCUCCGCUGCUGCUCCGGGCCGGCGGCGGCUGCUCGGGGCCACAGCCGCGAUUUUCGACUGCAAACUUUGUUUCGCACGUGGGAAGUUGCAUUUCGGUGCUGCCUUUCAGGCUGCGAUGAGGGGUGCCGGAGCGGGCGUCGCGUUUCGGGUUUUGUUUCAGCCAACUGCAGGCGCAGCAUUAACCGGUUCUUAAAGGUGCAAUGUGCGCGCUGGGGGAAGCGGAGCCCCCAAAGCUUGGAGGAAUGGCUUUGUGCGGGGCGCGGGGUCCCGCUGGGCAGCGCGGCGGAGGGGAGAGCGUUCCCCAUCGCGGCCGUGCGGAGAAAUUUCCCGAGACCGCAGCGAACUUAAGGCACAGCCCCGCGUUCUCGGCUGCCCGUGCCCGUGUACAUUUCUGUGCUUCGGUUAAUAAUCUGCAAACGGCUUAAUGGCUCCGGAGUGCCCGAGGAAUGGGUUUUCUCCAUUGACUUGCGCAGGCCCGAGCGGAGCGCUGCCCCGGCCCUUUCUCAAUGCGCUGACAUGAGAGAAGAGGAUUUAACUUGGCAGCCUGAACAAAUGCUCUAUCAAAGGUUUCCUAAGAGACAGUGGGAGAGCGGGGGAGAUGAAUGACCCGAGGGAGUUGUAGGGUGCUACCUAUGCAGGUUUCCUUUUAAAUACGAAAUGGCCAUUUAGGGCUCUGAAUAAAACUGCGCGCAUCAGAAAGGCGACAGGCUUAUAAAAUUUAAAAGGGCAAAAGCCCAUUAAUGCUGUGGCGGAGCUCUGGCUCCCAGCUCUGCUUGAGUGCUUCCAAGCGCCUCGAAGUGCCAAAGCUUUUAAGGAAUCCUGAGCAGCGGCUCCCCCGGGGCUGGGGGACCUCGGCCUCGCGUGCGGGCGGCCCCUCUCCCCGGUGGGGACGCGGACGGGUGGGGGACGUGGGCUGGAGACGCUCAGGGCUGGGAGCGGGCGCGGUGCGGGGGCACGCGAGAGCCCCGCGGUGGGUGCGUGGCACUGCAGACGGGGACUCGGAGCAGGGAAGUUUCACAGGGAGCAGAAUGAAACGGUAGUGUCCCGGCGGCCUGUGGGAGAGCAGGGGUCUGCUCACCAACGGGGAUGCUCUCCGGUUCAAACUUCCCCUUCCUUCUCUCGCUAGAGAGAAAUUUACUAUGGCAUCAAUCUUGUCUUGGCGGGCCCCGAUUCAGGUUUGUGAAUGCCAGAAGACUCGCUCUGACCUUUCUCUGUUCAAGUUGAGGAUGUUGAAACACCAGCCAUCAAACAAAAGGCACAUUGAAAGCAGGCUCUGCACCGAGCACGUGUGGCUGUGGGGUAGCGGGGUGCGUCUGGGGGCUGUGUGCCUGAGUUGGGCUGGGGGAGGAGAGAGAAAAGGCCGCUUAUUGCUGGAAUGAGAGGAUGGAAAGCAUGACUUGAAGUGCUCCAAAUAUCUUGGAGUCAAGGACCUUUUUUCUUCUGUCUUUACUUUAAAGAGUCUUAGGAAAAAUGUCUUGUUCUCCACUUUUUUUUUUUUUUUUUUUAUUCCUCAUUUUAAUCGAUGUACAAUUAGCAAAUAACUAAUAGUUUUUUUUUGUUUUUGUUUUUUCCUGUGGAUGCAAAGAUGACCAAAAAUUUUGCAGAAUUUAUCAACUUACAAAGCAAAACAGUCCCAGAAAUCUUUGGAAAAUUAAAUGCCUUUAGGAUUACACCUUAAAACAAUGAAAAUUCUCUGGGAUUUAGUUGACAGAGUUGGGAUUUUCAUCUGCUCAGGAGAGCACUACCUCAAAAAGUAGUGCAGAUGUAAAGAUGACUGUAAGCUGUCAUUUAAACUUAUUUGGGGCUGUCAGAGUUUAAAAAGAGCACCCUCAGGAGCAGUCAGCGCAGAUAUCUAACCUGGCAGCAUCAUUCCUGUCAAUGUAGACAGAUGCUGUUAUUGUGUACAUUGUUUACGGGCCACAAUACCUUAAGUAAACAUUGAUCAUGAUUAGAAACAAUAAUUGAGGCUGUGGCAAAGGAUCAAUGAAAACUUUGUUUCAGGGAAGAAGCGAGUUGCUGUGCGUAUAUACAGAGAGCGUUUUGUGCUGCCUGAGAUGUGCAGUGUUAAUGCGGUACGAAAUUCUGGCUUUAGACUAUUUUAAGUAAUCCACAGAAGAUGACAGAUCAGGUUUUGCAUCAUCUAAGAGAUGUGUCCCAAUCCGCGUUGGUUACAGGAGCUGAAAGGAGAGAGCUCUGCACAUCAUGUUUCCAUUCAUAACUUUUCUUGGGAGCUGCUUACACUUCACCCCAAGUCUCCCCCAAAGGUUUUGUGGAGACCAAAAAACCGAAGGAAAAACCAACUCCUUAAACCUGGUGGGUAACAGUUACAUCACUGAUACUACAGUUGGAGACCAUGUAGGCUAGUUUGUAGCAGCUUGGUGUUGGCUUCCAGCUGGAGAGCUUGGUUUCAGUCUUGAAGAAAAAAUGUAUCUCAGGGAGGAAACAAAGUUGGAAUUCCGUUUGCCUUCCCCAGUGUUUCUGAUAGGCCUCAGUACUCAGCUGAGCCCUGCAGAAAGGACAGGAGAUAAGGUGGCUGGGGCUGUGCCCCACCUGGGUGCCUGCUUCCCACAGGCGUGUAGGGCUGCAGCCAAUGCCUGUGGGGGCAGGUGGGACCACUGUGCAAUUGGCUGGUUCUUUGGCUCCUCAUUGGACCUAUUUUUGUGAAACCUCAUCCUGUGUUACAGCAGAGAGGCAAGACUAUCGCUGAAGAGUUGAGGAUUGGUUUGUGCUUGUUCUUGUCAACUGCCUGGUGUGGGACAAGGAGCACAAGCCUUCCUUAUGUGUUUACAUCUCUUUAUGAGAAAUCACAAUAUGCAGUGCCACAAUGGUGUUUGUGGGCACUGAUGUGCCUGCUGCUCUGAUGUUUUCCUUUCCCUGAAUUUAGGCACGUCAGCUUUCCUGCUGAUGGUAUGUUGAGGCAGUGUCAGUGGUACUAGGAAUCAUUUCUGCUUUAAAAUGGUGUCUUUGGCUCUAAAACAAGGUUUGUGAAUUGGAAUAUUGCUUUGUCAUAUUGAUUUUUCUUCUGCUUUUCUUUCUGAAAGCAAAAACUUCUUAGGUAGUGAUUUCAUUUUAUUUAUUUCCAUUGGGUUUCACAGGAUCAUUAGCGUUGUGCUUGGUUAAUGUUUGAAGUUUUUCAAGGUAAUUGAGGCCAUGAGAGAAAUGGCCAGCAAGGGGUUGUAAUGGAUCUCCACAGCUUGACUGCUGGAGGCAGUAGUGCAUUAUGAGAGUGGAGGAUGGUUGUACACUUGCUGCAAUUUAUUUUGGGUUCAGCUACUUCAAGAUGCACUGGAGUUUAUGUGGCCUGUGAAGGUGUGGUGUGGGAUCUCAGUACUGUGUCACUACCCCUUAUUGAGCAGGACAAAUUGCUAUGGAUAUUAUGUGUCUGGGAGAGGGGAAAAAAGUUAUUUUUAGGUAGGCAAAGUCAGUUUCCAUCAUUUCUCCUGCAAGCAUCAACACAGAUUAACUUACUUGGCAAGAAACGAGAUGUUCAUUACGGAAUGUUCCCUUUGGAAGCCCUGGGUAGUCCACCAUUUGGUCUAGGCCAUGAUUUCCUUCAGGUGCUUAUGCUAUUUAAACCUGUAUUAGAGGAUAGGAAAAGCAAUUUUUGAUCCUUUGCUGAGUCCUGGAACAGCCAAACAUGAUCCCUUCCAAAAGGAAGGGCUGCAGGUUGGCACUUGUUGAGUCAGGGUUUAGGAUCUAAUCAAGUAUCUGCACUCAUAGACCCAUGCAUCCUUUCAUUAAGUAAUUCAAUAAAUUGAGCUGUUUCAUGUUUUGUGCAGUGCAUUAAUAUUGAGGUAGUACCGUAUGAGCUAUCGUGUUAGCAUUCCAUUAAGAUAAAUGUGGGAAGUGUAUCCCUUUGUUGACAGUCAGUGUUUGUUUUGAUUCAGUGGAGCAGCUCUGAUUCCCAAAAGUGGUUAUUCCCAAAGUGGUGCAGGAAGGCUGUUGGUUCAGUAUGGCUGGAGAUGGAGGGAAAUCAUUGCUUCAAAGCCAUAAGUAGGUGUGAUGCUGUAAGUUGUGGAAGUUCCAUCAAACUGGAUUUGGAUUUCCCUUUCUUUUCCUGUUUUGUUUUCAAAAGGACUUUGUUUUCCCUCUUGAUAUACCACUUACUCAUCUGUGGGUGAUGAUGUGGAUGGCGAUGAGAUGAUUUCUAAAUCUGAUGCUGUCCUGCUGAGGAGGUCCCUUUCUGCAGCUCUGUGCCCUUACCUGGGCAAUGUUGGGCUGCCUGCCCUGUUGGUACAGCCAUUCUGCUCACAUCUUCCCCAGAUCUUCAGCUGCUGGGGAGCUGUCUGGCUGCGAGCAGGCACACUGUGCUGCCUGAAACUCAGCAAUAGAAGAGCAGCAUUGCUGUGGGUCUGGCUUUGGAAAUGGAAAUAACUCUAACCCAUAUGUAAUCCUGGAGUGCUGUUAGAGCUAGCAUGAGAAUGAAAGUUGCAGGCUUUGUGUGCCCGAUAGCAUCGUGCAAAGCAAGCAUGGGAGUUUCUUGCUGUCUUUAUUUGGUUGUCUUCAAAUCUCUCUGUUUCCAGUGCUCCAGGCUGUUAGUUGCAAACUCUCUGGUGCUGUGUGUUGGUGGGCAGUAUGACAGCGACUGGAGAACACCAACUUCUUGGUCUGUCCAGUGCACGAAUGUGGGUAGGGUCUCCCUCAGCUAUGUUGCAGCAAUUUGUUCCUGGGCAGUACCUUUUUACAUCUUUGCCAAUUGGAUGGAGACAAGCGUUUGAGAAGCAGGAGGAAUGGAAAUACGUUGACAAGUUUCACAUCAGUCUCUUGGAGAUUUCCAGAUAGUCUCAAAACUAAUCAGAACGGUUUAUUUAUUGGGGCUGUGAUGAUACAGAUACGUGACAGAAUAGUAGGGGCUUCAAUUGGCCACUUAGUAGCAGAAACAGUUCCCUUGAUAAAUAUCUGACUGUUUCUUGGCUGUGCUCCUGAUUCCCUCUAAGAACAGCGGAGCCUUUUAGGCUGCCCUGAAAUACACACCUCCUGAAUCUCCAUCGGAAAUUUUGAAGGACAAGUUGCUCUCUCUUGUUACUGAAGCCCUGUUCCAAAUGGAGAUGAACUGAUGGAGCACAGGCUCAUUCCAUGAACGCGAGCAUUGAGGGCUGGGCACAGUGGGGCAGCUGGGGGAUAGAAGGACUGAGAGUGGGCUUCCCUGCCAAGUGUCCGGCUUGCAGGAGUGCUGAAAGAGUGGGAUUUCCCUGAUUUGAGCAUGGUUUCUGCUUUACCAAAGGUUCAAAAUCACUUAAAGUUUAUGAGAGUUCUUACAGCUUCUCUUCUGUGUACUGCUGCAGCUCAGAUCCUUCCCCAUGCUGUUCCCUUGGGAUGGUUUGGAGUGUUGUCCAACACCCACCUGAUAACUGCGUCUCCUACAGCUCAAAGGUUACCACCUGCCUUUGGUUAUUUUAGAGGUGUGACAGGGUAAAAGCAAGGUGGAGGGCUGAGUGGCAGUGAGGAACUGCUGGUGUCUCAGGCUGCAGGACCCCCACCCUGGCACAUUCGGGCAGCUUGUCUGUCCCAUUGCCCAGCUGGAAUGGUUUGACAACAAGCAUUGUCACUUGUACACUUUAAUGUUCUAACCUUGAUAUGACAACAGAAGUUCCAUUUUGUUUUCCAUCCUUUUUUUUUUUUUUCUUCUCUCCAAAGCUGUUUUCCUCCCCCAUCCCCCAUUAAAAAAAAAAAAAAAAAAAAAAAAAAAGCAGGAUAAAAGCUUAAACAGCAUUUUAAAGUACUUUGUUGACAUUGCAUUCUCAGAAGAAUAGUUUGUUUAUAUAUUUCUCCAUAUAGGAAGAGAGGAGGACUUAUUAUCCUACAGGUUUUCAGGGGAGAGAAGAAUGAUGUGGUUGUCAGGCAGCCUGCCCGAUCUCCUGGUGUCCUGCUUGUAAUUCUGUGUUUGUUCAGUGCUCUUGUGGCCCUUUUCCCGGCAGUGGGAUCACAGAAGUUAACUUGUUUACAGCUGGUGUGCGGCUUAUGUUGGCCUCCCUUGCAGCGCCCCAGCGCUCCCCCCAGCCUUUUCAAUGAAAGCUUUUCUUCCCUCCUCAGCACAGGUAGAUGCACUUUGCAUUUGAUUAAACUUUUUUUUCUUUUUCUUUUUGAAGAUGGGAAUACUUCUAAAAAAGACUCCAGGCCUGUGCACUGUCGUGAUGCAGAUGCUUCUGGGACUGGUAUCUGUGGCUUUUUGAGUGCUUUGUGGAGCUGGAAGGUCCCGAUGCCCUCUGGUUGCCGCCUGCGUUUAGCAGCAUCAUGGUUGCCAGCUGCACUUAGUCCUAUCUGCAGGCGUGGGUGGCCCAGCUGAGGCUGUGUGAACACAGUGUGUCUGUUGCAUUUGCAUGGCUGGCAAGUGUGUUGGGCUUCCUCGUGUCCAGCGGUUUGUUCGCUCUUCCUCCUGAAAGAACUGUUCUGGUAUGGAAUGCUGAAAGCCACUCUCAGUUGCUAUUUAAAAAAUUGAUCACAAGAACGAUGUGUGCAUCUUUUCCUGUCCUCCUCUCAAGUAUGAGGUUUCUCCCCCAAUUUACAUCACUGUUUAAAAAAGUUGGAGAUUGCAGUCCAGCUGGAGCGUGAUAGCAUUCGACAUGGGAGCCUCCUGGCUUUCCAACUGAAUGCAUAGCUCUGGCUUUUGGCACUGUGAAACUCUGACAUCUCGCACAUUAAAAUCAUAACAGCAUUAUGUAAGGAGAAGUUAUUUUAGGUCACUUGCGGUGCCUCCUAAAACUCAGCUCCAGCGACCUCGUGAGCUGGAACGUGCGGGCUUGCGCAGCCCCAGCUGUGGGCAAUGUCCAGGCAUGGUGCUGCCUCCUGCCCUGCCCUCUGUCCUCAGCUCAGCCCCAGUCCUGUGCUGCGCCUCCAGGGGGCUGGGAGCAAGGGGGGUAGGGGGGUGAGCAGGGGAGGGAUGUGGGGCGUGGGGGACUCCAAGGCCAGCAAAGAGCGUUGGCACCACAGCAUGUGGGUAAUGUGGGCAUCUCUGUGGCAUUGGCCUCACUGCUCUUUGCCGUGAGAUGGGAAAAGCUAUGGCAACCGCUGCUGGCAGCCAAUGACUGCCAUCAUUUUUAUUCUGCCUUCAUUCCUGGCAGGUUGUUUGUGAAGUAACCAGCAGCCAGGAGGCCUGGGGAGUGGGGGAGGCAUCUGCCAGGGGUCUGAAGCUGGGGCUUGAGGUGCAGGGGAGCAGAUGGGCACCUUAAACUCAGGGCUGGGUGUUUUAUGUAAGCAAAAUAUUGGGGUCAUUUUGUCUCUAAAUAAAUGCAAAAGCAUGUGAAAUUUCUGAUUCGUCUGUUGAGGUCCCUUUUGUUAACACACUGUUACAUUAAGCAUCCAUUUUGAAGAGUUUGGCGCCUUGCCUCUAGGAUAGCAGAAUGCAGUUGCUCCCUCUUAGCAUUGUUCAGUGCACUGUUUUUCACCACGCAUAGCUAUGGUGGUCCUCACACACGCCGCGUGGUGCCGGACAAGCACGUGUAACAAAUGCAUGUUUGCCCUGUAAUGGGCAAUGCUAGCUGCAUGCAGGUAAACACAUUAGUGAGCUGGAAUGAGUGAAGGGAGGGCAGCAAGGCUGCUGUUGGGAAGCUCCCAGGCUCUGCCAUGGUGACUAAGGCGGCUUGAUAGCUUCCUUAUUGCCACCAUCUGCCUGCUGCCGGCUGGGGCUUGCAGCGUGGCGAGGUCCUGCUGCUUGCGGGCUGCGGGCAGGGCGCUGGUAAACAGCCGUGGACAGGGCUCGGAACAUCCUUGGUCACAGCUCUGUGAUAACUCUCUCAUUAGAUUUGUUUAAUCGUGUGCAAAUAAAAUAAAUAUAAUUCCAAGAGAGACGGCGUUUUCAUUUCUUUGAAUUUUGUAUUCUAGGUGCAUAUAUAAAUUACUUAUUCAAUGUGUGAGCCUCUUGUGAAAUACGUCGUGGAAAGAAGUCUUGUACUGGUAUUCUUGGAAUACCACUCUUUUGAAAAUCCCACCCAAAUUUCAAACCUUUGCUGGCAGUUUUAUGGUGUCAUAUGAUUUAAAUCCUGAUUUAAAACUUUGAGUUCAGUCAUCCAAAAGGGAGCAGCGUGUCGGCACGGAGUCUUCGUUCUCCUUUGUCUGAAACUGCAGCUACAGCCCUCAACACCUCUUUCUCAAUAAAGAGAAAUGUAAAUCAAAAAUACUUGUCACGUUGCCAACAUCUUGUCCUAGCAAUAUCCCAGCGUACUAAAUCAUAAAAGGAAGAAACGUAGUUCAUAUCUCCUGUCAUAUGAGAAAUAUAUUUUUAAGUCUAUCUCUGCUCUAUUUGUGGUCUUUUGAUGUUCAUGAAUUUACGCUUUGUUCUGCUGAAGACAACUUCACCUGAUAAACUUCCCAUUGAAGUAAUGAGGGACUGGGAAGUCAAGCUCCAUUCUCACCAUUGCACCUGACUUAGGAAUAACUAGUAGGAAAUGAAAUACGAUGCACAUAUGCUAAUCUCUUACAAAGGCUGUCUGACAUCUUCGUUUAGUAAGGAUUAAACUGCUCCAAAGAAGCUCAGAGGAUGCAGGAAUUCUCUGGCAGUUGAUCUUUUUGUGUUUUUAACGUAGAAUAUUUUUAGCCGGAGAUACAAAAAUUCAUACUUCUGUAUCCAAAGAGAAUGCUGUUUCCAUUUAUUAUAAAACCUUGGAUGGGAAACAAGAUGUUAGACCUAUUAUAAUGCAACCCAGCAAUUAACAUAUGUUGGCCUGCCUCUGCCAAGGCUGCCUUGUGAGUAAUGCAGGUUGCACAAGCGGAGGAGUCGGGUUGUUUGUCAGUGACAAGCCAUCCAUACAUGCAUGAGUGAUCAGAUUGCACAGCCAUCAGCCGAGGAUAGGAUGUGAAUCUGUGUUUGAAUCUAAAAGCAAUUAUAGUUUAAAUUUCCAAACUGAAUGCAGCUGAGAGGACAAGUUUGACUUUUUUUUUUCCUGUUGCCAGUGAAAAGAAAUAAAUAAAUCUCUUGUGCAAAAUUAAGAAAAUUGAGGUAAUAAUCAAUGGAAGCUUGCAAGUGUUUUUUUUUUUUUUUUUUUUUUUUUUUUUUUUUUUUUUUUUUUUUUUUUUAAUUCUCCAAUGACUGAAUGACCGGAGUGAGGAAUGUCAGGGAUGUGCUCAGCAGUGGGAGCCCCCUGUCCCCCCUGUCAGAGAUUCCUGGGUGCUGCACAUGGGUGCCAGCAACUGGGACCCUGCUUCUCUCUUCAGAGGGGCCUUUUGCAGCCGAGGGGUGCUGUGGCUUGGUUCAACUGGAAAUGUUUUCUCCAUGCUGAAGGCCAGAGUAGAGGCAGUCGUAGCUGGAAAACAUACUUCUUAUGUAAAGUGUUGAGUGUUUUCUAUAGAUUUAUUACUUCCACCCAAAUGUGUACUUUUUGCAGUUACACUGCAAAUAGGAAGAAGGAAAGAAAAAGAGCAGAAGCUUAAGCUGAAAGUAUGUAUAUAAAGUUAAAUUAUAGGGGAGUCCAGCUUUUGCUUGUUUUCCACUAACAAAGAGUACAUGACCAAUUAAGACCUAUUAAAUGUUACAGGAAGACAAAAGGUAUACUAUGGAUUUAAAUUAACAGAAGGCAUCCUCAGAAGAUUUUGAAGGUUGAAUAUGCUUGAACUCUAAAAUGUGCUCCAAUUAGUGCUCUAUUUAGAAGCAGAUUUUGUUUCUUAACCUGAGAGCAGACUGCUGCACGCUGGCUGAGGGCUUGCUGUGGCUCACGGCUGUGAUUGGUCACUGUGUGCUGCUCUCAGUAUGACCCAGUCAUCUUGGCUGGGGGGACAGGAACAUGGAGAGAGAAUAGCAGUCGGCAUCUGCAUGCAUCAUAUGUAGGUGGUUUACCUCUGGUUCUUGGGUACCUUACCAUGGCAAAGUGCAAUACAUCAUCACUUUUCUCUUUUAGAGUGUUACAUGCUCAAAUUGUAGCUUUGACACUGUCUGUUAAGCUAUAAAUAAAGCUUGACUAUGACAAUGAUGGCCUUCAGGCUACUUUUUGACUGUAAAUUCACAAUUGUUGCUUUUGCCUUGAGCAUCAUUUUCAAGCUGUGCAGCCUGGAUGUUGUUGAAGAAAAGAUCUCAAGAGUCGAGAACUGUGGGCUUUGGUGCUCAGCGUACUGAUCAGUCUAACUUAAGAUUGCCAGCCUUAAAAUACUUGGAUGCCAGAAGCCAGGCCCAUAGAAUCAUUUAGAACAGUAAUAGACUUGCCUUUUGCAAGAUCUGGCUCUGAAUGCUUGUUUGGGUUUUGCAUUUUCAAGUUUCAUCCACAAUCAUAAGUGCUAGAAACUCAUUAAAUAAACAGAGAUGCUGUUACUACCAGCUGACUUCAGGAGCUGGGUCUUUACUGCAUACAUGAAAACAGCAGCAGCUUCAGCUCCAGGGCUGCUGCCUUUCCUUUCAGGGCCAUGCUGCAUGGGGCUGGGGGCAGCCCUGUUGUGCCUGCAGGCUGCUGCAGUUGCUGGCCAUGCCCAGGGCACUGUGCAUCUUUUUCAACCAGGCAUGCACUGAGAGUUUUUACAAAUAGAACGGCUGGGUGUAAUGCUUGCUUCUCCACUCCAAUACCGUCAGUCCAGAACGGGCAGAUCCAGCUGAAUUUUUGGAGGUGCUGAAAAAGGAGGAAAACAGCUGGCUGGGAAAAAAUACACACUAAAGAAGGUGUAGCUGGCUUUACCUCCUUUGUGGCAUUUUGACUGUAAAAAGUGACAUUGCUGAAUUUGUAUCAAUAUAUUAUUUGUUCUGCUUUUAAACAUCUGUCAGAAGGCUUUGAUCCAUGGGCACUGUUGUUACUUCCACCUAUGACCCAGCAGCUGUGUGUAGGACAGCUGGACAUCUAUCCAUUAGAGGCAGCUCUAAGUAACCAGUUUUGCCUGUGAUAAUUUUGGCUGGUCAGGUCUAUGCUAAUUGAUGCACUUUGUGCUGUUGUUCUGGUGCUUAAAUAGCACCUGUGAGCAGGUUUCAUUAAAGCUGCAUCUCUAGGUGCACACUAAAUACCUGUGAUACCUCACCUGUGAUGGUGGAGCUGCUGGUAAGAAUGACAGCUGUAGGCAAUAAAUGAGGACAGUAAUAGAAGGCUCAGUGCUGGGUAGAGCACUAUAAAUCAUAAGGCAAAAGCAGCAAGAGCACUGACAAAUCGGUGAGCAGCUGCAAACAGCACUUUGCAGGUAAGAAUUAUUGUGCUCACUCCUGAUAAGUGCUCAGAGCCCGCCUCUUCCUUGUUUGUGGGUGAUGGCCCUGGUGUGCGGGCACUCGGGAGUCUGGCCUGGGGAUGGUGAGCGUUCAGCCUUGUGCCAUCCUCACAGCAUGCAUUGAGCCUUUGUUUUCAUGCCAGGCAGUGUUCAAGUGGGAGUUUUCUCCUUCUGGGAGGAAUACCCUAAUGGUUUUUGCAGCUGACAAGUUGUUUUAUUUUGUUUCCUUGGAUACUUUGAAGCAGCAUUUUAGAAAGGUGGAGAGAAGGGGAUGGAUUUGGCUGACUUAAAACCAGCUUGCUUUGUUAGCCUUUGCCUGGAGGGGUGUAGGAGCCUGCAUGGUAGAAAACAAUCCUACUCUUCUAUCAUUAGAGAAAUGAAAAGUAUUUUAAUGAAAUAAUGAUAGGAAACAGAUGGUGAUGGGCUGGCAACUGGACUGUUUUUGUACACUAAGAAGUGUCAGAGGCAUCUCAGUGUAAUUAUAGCUAACAGUGCCCCAUGAUGUAGUGCUGGGGGUGGGUGGGGACUGAGGCUCCCCGGGGUCACUGCACCUGGAGCCAUGCACUUCAGAAAUGUGGCAUAAUAUAAAUGGGAGCCCCUUUGAGCACUGCUGCUGGGGGGGUGCUGGAGGAGGUGUGCCACUGGUAGAGCUGUGUAUCUGCAAGGGCUUGAAUGGAGCUUCCCACUCUUCUAUACUAUGCUUCUGGUGUAGCGUGUUCCAUAACAGCUGUCUUCCUCUGGUCCUGUAAGCUAUGUACUUUAAACAUACAAAGAAGAUAUUCCUAAGAUGGUGCUUUAAACAACAUCAUUUACAUCUGGGGUAAUUAUGGAUCUACCUGAAGCUGCAGGUCCCCCUUUGAGUACAUGCACAUCCAUAACCCCUGUAUGGGAACUGUUGGUUCACCGUCUGAACCACUGAUUGAGCACCUAGGGAAAGGACCUGGUCAGCCCUGGGAGCACAGGUGAGGGCAAUUCAGCUGUGUGACCAGAAAGGGUGGAGCCUGGCUGCACCUCUCUUAGACCUCAUUUAAGGGCUGAUUGCCACUGGGGAAGGAUCUUUUUCUGGUGAUUGCUCCUUGAUGAAGCUUUUCCCUGUGAACCUGGAAUCUUCUGAUAUGGGUGAGCAAUCUUUUUCCUUUCCUUCAUAGCACCUUUCUAUUGUGCUGGUCCUUCUGUUAUCAUCUGUUGUAAUGUCUUCCACAUCAUAUUGAUUUGUCCUUUUGCUACACCCCCCUAUGCUGCCCCAGGAACAACUGGUGUUAGGCUGCAUAUCUGUGAUCAGCCUGCUAGAGUCAGUGUUUGUGUGAUUCAUGGUUAGUGGGACAGGUCACUGAUGGGACGAAGAGCUUUGUUUUUUUAGGGGUGUGCUUUUAGACUGUCAUCUUCUCAUUAAGUUUUAUUUUCAGCUGGGUUAGUUGCCAUUAAUACAGCUGACUGCAGGGCUAGUCCCUGUGCUGGUACUAGGUUGUUCUCAGAAAACACAAGGCAGGAACUUCUUUCCAGCUUCACUUGAUUUAGUACUACAGUUGCCAGAGGGUGCCAUUUACCUGGCUGCUGGGGGUAUGGUUUAACCCAGCAAGCAGCUAAGCACUACACAGCCCUUCUCUUGCUCCUUACCUGCUAGUGAGAUCACAGAGAGAACUGGGGGGGGGAGGCGGGAGGCCAGAAACCAAAACAACUUGGUAAUGACCAAAAACAUCAGUGCUUUAUUGAUGUUUUCUCCUACAGCCAGGACAUAACAUCAUACUAGGCACUCUGAAGGAAAAAAAAAAUCAGCUUCAUCCAACCUGAAACCAGGUUGGGUGACAUGGUGAUGUCCAGCAGAUAAGGCAGAGGACAUGCACUUGAGUCAGCUCUGCAGCCAGCAGUACAGGGCUUCAGCUGGGCUGUCCCACUGUGACCAUGUCAUUUGUCCUAUCCUCUGGAAGUGGGUGACAAGCAUCAUGUCUCAGAGGUGGCAUGGGCUGUGCUGCUGGCACAGUGAUGGUGGCACCAGGAAGGGAGGAUGACAUGCUAAGUGAGGUGGCUUGAGCACAGGGUAGCAUUUUUCACCAAGGUUUUUUUGUUUUGUUUUUUUCACCUGGCCAUGAGUAAACCAUGUUGUUAAUGCAGUGGGAGCUGUAUCCUGAUGCCUGGUACAAACAUGCUGUGCUGUGAGAAAGGUGGGCGGUCAUUGUUUCCAUCCCCCCUGCUGCAGUGUUGCCUUAUUGAGACUGCCUCAUCCUCCCAGCUCCCUGUUGUUGUCAUUCGCACCCUUACACUGUAUUACCAUCAGUGUUUGUGCAGGUGCAUGAUGAAUCACAUGGGUGAGCCCAUUGAGAAAACAAAAACUGUUCUGUGCUCCUAUGUAGGUUCUCCUGGUCAAUGCAGCUCCGUGUACGGGCUGUGGUGUAAAUGUGGCACUGAUGGCCUGGCUGCAUGGAGUUUGGGAGUGGGGACUCCCAAAUCAAGAAGUCAGAUGGAUCCAUGCAAUUAGCCAAGAAUAAUGAACCUAACUCAUAAAUAGAUUGAAUUGAGUGAUUAAAACCACAAUAUUUUGAUUUGCAUAAAUUUAUUUUCCUGUUAGUGUUGGAGCAUCUGUUGUUGGGGGCAGGUAGAGUCUCACUAAAUAGAAACAUAAUUUACAUGUAAUAUUCCCUACAUAGGGAAUCUCUGUUAGCACAGCCCCAGGAACUAGUUCAGAGCCACAAAAUCAGGAAAAAAUAAGCGAAGAGAGUGUAGGUCUGUGGGACCGUGCUGGUGCAGGCUGCAGACAGCUCCUUAGUCAAGGAGCUUCAUAUACUUCUUGGCCAAACCCUUGGCUGAGUCUGUGACCUGGAAGGCUGCAAACCUCCCCAUUUUUCACUGUGGCAAGGUGGAGCUCAAAACUCUCAGUCUUUGGUUAAGGGUGCCUGGGAAGUACAGCAGAGCCAGGACUACCUGCUGUAGGGAUGGGCAGAAAUGACUGCAAAGGUGGCUCUGGGUUCCACAGCUUUUGAAAGCCCUAAUGUGGAUUUAUUCCUCUGUUUGUGUUGUUUGGUGGUUGUUGUUGGAAUCAUAGAACAGCCUGGGUUGAAAAGGACUAUAACAAUCAUCUAGUUUCAAGCCCCUUGCUAUGUGCAGGGUUGCCAACCACUAGACGAGGCUGCCCAGAGGGCAGUGUGUGUCUUUUGUGUGACCUGCUGUUUUACUGAAAUUGCUUACUUUUCUGUCGAAGCUGGUGAUGGAACUUCCCACUGUAGAGCUGGCAGGAGAUGACAUGAAAUUUGGUGCCCAUCCUCCUUUAGGCUUGAUGUGCCCAGAAGACAGCCGCAGCUCAGCCAGCUGUGGCAGGUACAGCCACAGUAUGGUGUCACAGCACACAGUGGAGCCUGAGCCUGCAGCCCUUGCAGGGGGACAGGGCUCCCUUUUGCAGAGUUGGAAGUUCCUGCUGGCGCUUGCCCUUCUGGGGGGACCUGGGGCAGGUGGGGUGGGCAACUGCUUUCUGGGGCUGUGUCGGAGGCAGCUGGCAGGAGCUCCUGCUGGGGCUGGAGCCUGUGGGAGGGCCAUGUGAGGCCUUUCCCACGGCGUACAGUGAUCGGAGCUCCCGGGUACUGCCGUCAUACAGAUAACCCUUGUCAUUAAGCUGCAUGGCUUGACUAAAUGCCAGUUGUGAUUGUAAAUUAUUAUUCCUUAAGUUCCCGAAGGAACACGGCGUACUGUAUUUCGUGCUGCCUGCUUUUACUGUUGUUUUGUAGCUCAGCAUGGGGUUUCAGCUCACAGGUCAGCUUACAAGUGGCCUCAUUGCUCCGGUCAUGGGUGCAUGUGCGUUGUCUGGGGGAUGCCUCAUGGUCCUGGGGGAAGAAUCAAGCAAGAAUCUUCAAGUGAUCAUUACUUGCAUGCAUUUAGCAGGGGACACUUGCAGUCAUCUCACUGAAGAGCUCCUCUGACACGCUGUUAGUGCCUGAGGUUAGUGGGUAUGUGUGUGCAGGGGCCGUGCGGUGUCCAUGUGUGGUGAGUGGAUUCAGUGUCUGCUGCUCUUUGGGUGCAGUGCAGUGUAAAGGGGUUGAUGAGAAAAAUCUCGUUCAGGUCAGAAUGCUGCUGGUAGCUUUGUAUGCAGGUGUUCUGUACAGCUGACAUUUAGUAUAAAAUGCUUUUUGGAAAUGCCUCUUCCUUUUUUGAUUUCUUUUAAUGAAGUCAAAAUGAUUCCAAAAUUAAAAUUAUGCCCUCAAAACCCAGUUGUGUACAUCUUCAUGUCUUAUCUUUGUUUUUUUUCCAGAAUUUUAUUUUGCUUAAAAAUGAGUCGUCUUAAAUGCGUAUUUUUACCAAGUGACUGAGAAUGCCUGGAACAAGCCUCUAUUCUAUCAAGUGCAAUGCAUGAAAUUCCUGAAAAUUCAACAUUUUCCACUAAUAUGAAGGGAGGCACCCAAAAAUCCUCAAAUGAUUCGAAGUUUUUGAAGUUCAUCUCAAGUUUAUAGAGUGCUUGGUCUAGUGGGAGGUGCAGCCUGGUCCAGGGAGAGGUGUCCCUGCCUAUAGCAGGGGGUUGGAACUAGAUGAUCUUAAAGGUCCCUUCCAACUCAAUCCAUUCUGCAACUUCUAAAAACUAAGGAUAUAGACUCAUUAUGCAGGGGUCUUCCUUUUUAUUUUCAUAAUUGGUACUUCUCAUUAUAUUGUGAACAAAUCGCCUGCUGAAAUCAUUCUAUGUAUCCAUAUAUUAAGGGUAACAUAGUAUGAGCUUCUUCUGUAAACAUUCAUGGUGAUACUUUGUGACUGUGUCUGUAUUAACUUUAGUGAAAUUGUGUUUAAAAUCCUUCUUGCUUAUAUGUUGAACUCUUGUAGCAUAUUAUUAAAGUUAGUCUGUAUACAGACGUAUGGUUUUCCUUUUACUACUCCAGAGCAAGUUUGUAUCUGUUCAUGGAAUAUGAGGAAAACCAGGCUGGAAUUUGCAGAGAUGCAGCUUUCUGAUGGCUGUGGGAUUUCUGCAGAUUCCAGAAAUUAAUGGUGAGACUUCAGUGCAUUACAAGUUAAUAAAAACUUACAGCAGCCAUUAUUUAUAUCGAAGCACAAAAUAAAUAUUGAAUUUUCUUUUUAAGAGAAAAUUGCUUGGGGGAUUCUGACAGUUAGUGAAUCACUCUGCCAGGCUUUGUGGUUUUUAAAGCCAGAAUGCUUACGCUUGAGAGCGUUUUUUGUCCUAUUUCUCUAUCAAAGGCUCUACACAUGAGCAGAGGAAGCUGGCAGAUGAGCUGGCCUAUGGGAGGAAAUAGUUAAAGCAGCUGAGCACCAGCACUAUCGAAUGCAUAAACAAACCUGUAUAAGUAGCUUUCAUGUUAUCGUUGUUAACUCACAGUUUUUUUAAAUGUUUCUUAUACCUGAUGCAGGAGAAGCUAGGAAGUAUGGUGCUAAAACUGACUGAGCUGUACUUCUGACUGCAGAAUGCUGAUGGGCAGGCAGCAGUUUGUCUGCUCUGUGCCACUCAGGUCACUGGGACAGCACAGACCUGUGGCAUUGCUUCCUGGUAGUGAUGUGCGGCCUCCUGCACUGCCCUGGGGAUCUGGGAGGCACUGCUGCUGCUCAUGCUCCCAAAACUUUUUGUAUCUUCCAAGCUCUUAAUCAUUGUGAAUAAAAUAAUCAUCGUGAAUAAAAUUUAGAUUAGACUAUUAAAGAUUUAAGUGUUUUAAAUCCUGAAACUCAUUCUGUCUGUAGAGUUCAAGGGUUUAUUCAUGUGCAGCACGAUGGAAGUCGCCACUGAAGGCACAUGAGCUGCCUCAUGGCUGACUCCUACAUAAGCUUUUUGUAGGAAAAGAUUAAAAUGGAUUUACUGCAUCCACUGAGUAGCCUGCUCAAAUUCAGCUGGGUGAGGUUUCAAAAUAUGCACAGUUUUUCAAGUUUCAGUCUAGUUCCUUGACAAUGUGUUUGCAGAAUGCUAACCACUUAAAAGCAGCUUGGGGUUUUAGAUUUCCACAUUGCUGCUCCUCUGUUUGCAAGCCAGGCAAUGAAGGAUAGGGCUGAUGCAUGAAGCUGACAGGGCAGCUCCUUUCCCUGACCCCAGCUACUUGAGAACCAGGUGAUGCAGUGAGCACAAGAGAGGAAAAUCAAAGUCACAAUCCUGUAAAUAUUUAUGUACGUAGUUAAGGUUAGGCAUAAAAAUGGUUAUUUGAACUUAGUUGAACUUGCACAGAAAGCUAAGAAUAUGUGUAAAUAUUUGCAGUCUGGAUCCUAUUUCAGAUUUGAAAAGUAUUUAAAGUACUUCAAAAUGUAUUUUCUUAAUACUACAAAGCCCUCUGCUGCAGCAAGAUGCAUUCAGGCAAUGUAGACCCUGCCAUGUGGGUAGUGCCUCCCAGCAGCAGCAAGCUGGGUAACUGCAGGCUUCUGACUUGUGCAGCUCUGUUGGUUUGCUCCUGCGGUGCCCUCAGCAAAAGCUCUGUGUUGGGUUAGAGGGCAGGAGGAGGCUUGGUGUUGGAUCACUGAACUUACAAUGGCGGUUGUCUGAUUCAACUAAUUCUUCCCUGUCAGAUUUCUCUGGCAACUUUGAAUGGAUUGCCUAGGCUCUGACUGCCUGCCCAUCCCAGUUGUAAAAUGGGGUUAACUGUGCAGUCUUUCUUCCAACUUUGCCUGGACUUCCCCUGAUUUUUUUGUUUGUUUGUUUUUAUGUUUUGGUGCAGAAGCUAGCAUUCAAAGCACUAUUGUAAGAUGAGUAAAUUGAGAGCUUGCUAAAUGUGCAGGUGUUUGGCUACCUGGAAAUGUGGAGGAUUGGGUUUCUUCUCUAUCUGUAGGGUCUCACAAGUGUGUGCCAAUCCUCUCAAGAGCUGUGAUUUAUCUUUUUUUCUUUAAUCACUUAUUAGCUUUUGUUAUGAAGGAAGCAGCACUAUCCUAGCAACCUGCUGUCUUCAUUGGUGCUCUGUGCAUUUUGUAUAUGUGUGUACAGACAUACUUUUUAGUAGUGAGCAGCUGCAGACAUGUGCAAGCCAGCCCUGUGCCGAUGUAGCGCCGGUUCCAGCUCUCGCCCACCCACCCACUUUCCUUCCUUCCUUCCGUGGAGACCUGGCAACCAGACAGCCUCAGCGCCUGUGCUGUGCAGGCAAUGGCCUGCUGGGGGGGAUGGACAGGGGAUAGCAUUUGGGUGCCGGAUCGGUGUCUCAUUAGGCUUUUCUUAGCAUAUUUUACAAGUCUGCAGACAAACAGUAGUUAAGACUUGGCUGGAGAAAAAUUCAUAUGCUCCCUGCAGAAAAGGGGGAUGGAGCUGCGUCUGGGUGCUGCUGCUGCUCCCAGGCUCAUCCCACGUAGAUGCUGGGGCUGUGCAGUGCCGGAGGGCAGGGGAGGUGGAAUGCUCUGCCCAGGACAAGUUUUGAAACCCCAGUGUUCAAUUAAUUCACUCCUUUCUUCUCGGAGAUGAGCUUUAAAAGCACAGAAUACAAAAUACUGGAUUGUGUGUGUGUGGUGCAAAUGUGAAAUUGGACUGAAUUUAUCCCAAACUGUCUUAAUGAAUGGCAAUUUUGCAAAGUCAUAUGGCUGAGUCAGCUGACUUUAAUGAUGUUUUUAAGCAAGGGUUAGAGAAAGCAUUCAGCUCAUAUUUCCUUGUUGCUGUCGCUGCGUUUUUACCCUAUUAGGGUCUUAAUGAUUAUAUUUUCCUUUCUUAAUCACAAACAAGAUGACUUUGGCAGUUGGUGACCCUCCUGCAGUCUCUGGUGUGGCUGUGGGGUGGAGGUCACUCCUGGCCCUGCAGAGAGGCAGCAAGAAGGGCAGUGUGAAGGGAUUGCUAUCCAGCAGGAGCAGGGCACUGGUUUGGGGAGCCUAGCAUUGUGGGAGUGGGUACAAGCAGCUGGUCCCCUGCUUGGGCACAUCUUGCUAUACAGCUGGAAGCUGAGUGGCCUUGCUUUGGUGGGGUAAGCCAGCCAUGGCACAUGCGUGCUAGCAGGCAGGGGGCUGCUUUGGGUGCCUUUCAGAAAAGAAGUGGUUAAAUGUGGGCAUGUGUCUUCUACAUGUGGAAAAGCUGUAAAUAAGUAGCACCAAGGCUGCCUGACCCACAUCAUGCUUGCUGGCCAGAGAAAUACUCGGCAUGCUUGGGCUGCCCAUACUUGGCGCUGUGCUCUGCCUCUGUGCUCUGCAGCUGCUGGGCUGCAGUUGCAAACUUGAUGAAUAAAACUGACGUGCACAGCUUGUAGGUGUAGGCUUAUUUUGUUAUCCUUUUUUGUUAAUUUGUGAAGGGGGGAAUUAUUUUUUUAAAUCUGGGAUUGGCAUACAGAGAGGCACUGUGUGUGAAUUCCACCAGUGGUCUGUAAAUGGGUGCUUUAGAAAAGAUGCCUGACUCUGGUGCUUGUGAAGUACCGGAGUGACUUGGUUUGUUUUUCCUCUGUGUGAAUGGUGAGGGGUAUGUGGGUAGGUGGAAGAUCUUUUGAGGGUUGGAUGAGUCCUGCUUCUUCCUGUGCUGCUGGCUGUGAGGCUGUGACCGUGCGAGCAGUGUUCUCGUUUACAUUGGUCUGCUUUCAGCCUGUCGCAGUAAAUCUAUUUCACUUGUCACUUUGUAAAUCAUUAUAUAGGAUUAGGCCUUUUACCAGCUUUUAAGAAUCCUGCCACCAUUGUAAGAACUUCCCCCUGCCUGGCUUAGCUGAGCAGUGUUCCUCCUUGCUGAAGCAGCGCUGUGUGUGAGGGGAGGAAACGCUCCCUGGAAGGCAACCGACAUUUUCAAAAGUGCUGUUCCACAAAAGGCACUUUGAACUGUGCUGAACCUUUAAAAGUGGAAUAAUAUUUUGAAUGUUCUAAUGUUUUCCUAUUGUCAUGGGAGACUUGGAUCAAGUCCCAGGGCUGUGGUUGACUUUGCCUCUACUCUUAGUCCUUAUUUACUACUGCUGAGGAGAUGAACUUAAAGCUAUUCCAGCUUUUUUUUUUUCUUUUUUCCACUGCUAAAAUCAGUCUUAAGGUGUUCUAAGACCUCUUUUAAAAUAGAAAAGGCUGAAAGAUGGCUGAAGGAUUGCACUGAGGUGCUCCCUCCCACAUACUGCCCAGGUUGCUUUGCACUGUGUGGUGGUCAGCUGGGCCUGGCACAUCCCUGGGGAGCUUGGGAAAGAGGAGCCAGGCAAGUGUUGUUUAUCCCAUCUUUAAUGCUUAUGGUUCUUCAGAGUUGGAGUUGUAAACUCUUCCAUGCUUACCUAACAAAUGGAAUAUCAAACAUCUGUGAAUGUCGGGGGGGGGUUGGGGGGUGGUGGGUGAUGGCCUGAAAGUUGGAAGGGGAGUGCUUGGCAGAGGGCACAGCUCGGUUUGUGGUGUUUUGAGAAACACAGGUGAGUCCGUUUCCAUCGCAGGGCCUACUGAAGGUGCAGCUGGAGGAGCAAUUUCAGUGCGACAGGGUUUUGUUGUAAAUGCUGUCAAUAAAUACUUUGUUACUUAGCGUAAUGAAUACUUUGAUACUUAGUACUUACAAGUUCUCAGGAAGCAGAUUGAAAUACAGUAACAAAAUUCAGUGUCGUCUUAGAUGUUGGUCAGAUCAGGUCCUUCAUUGUUAGGUAUGUUUCCACCCCUUGCCCUGUGAGUUUAUUUGGCAGAAGGUAUGAUUUAUUUGACAUCAGAUAAUCCGCAUGCGGUUGUCAUGAUGGUAUUUGAACUUCUGCUAUGAAGACGUGGGGUUUUAGGUUUCCAUUGGUCAGUGAGGUCUCCGCGGGCUCAUUUUCCAUUUAUAUAUACUUCCUGUCCGUCCCCAGGAGCCUAAUUAUUAAUGUAAUAGUAUGUAGUAAUAGCUUAUCAGACCAGAUUAUGUUAGUGUAACUUGCUUUUACCAUACAUCAUUGUAUGUUAAAAGCAUUUGUUGGUUUAAAUUGAAAGCUUGGUGAGUUUCUCUAAUGAAUAACUAUUCCUUUUCAGCUUCCUAAAGGAUAGAAAUCUUUUUCUGCUUAACAGUGUUAAGUGUGUGCUAUAUACAAAACAGAAGUGGUUUUGUAGUUGUGUUUUUUGGCCCAGGUGAAAAUGUAAUAAAUGAAGCAUGAGGCAGAGGAAGGGGAAGAACCUAAUCAGAUGCUAAAGAGACUUCAUGAAUAUUAAGUACUUCUCACUUAAGCAGUCUUUUUAAUAAUCUGAAACAUUAAUAGCAGUAUGACUGCCUGCAUCUACACCAGCUGUGUAAGGGAGAUAAAAGUCCCAGUUUAACGUGAUUUUUAUCAGCUUGCUCAUGCUGGUGUCUGACUUUCGGAAGUCGUCAAUUUGCAUGCUGGAAAACAGCUUUAUAACAAACAGGACUCGCUGUAUGUGCAAAUAAGUAGCCUAAGUGUCACUUGAUUCUUGAUCUAGGGAAUGAAAGAGUAACUGCUGGUAGUUAAAAUACUUCAGGUUUUUGUUUCCUUCCCUCCCUCUCCAAAGUAUUCAGCCUUAGUGCCUAGAGUUGUCCUUAGUCAAGAAUAAACCUGUAAAUGCAUGCUGAAUAUUUUCUGGUAACUAAUUAUAGGAACUGUUUGUUCCCAAGUUAAUGAAUUCCCCAUAAGAGUUGCCUGCAUUCAGCCUAUUACAUGUGUUGCAAAAUAAUGACUGUAUUUUUUUUUAAUGUGUGCUGUAAAUGUAAGCUGUGCCAGUGCUGUAAAAGCUUUACUCAUGAAUGUUCUCUAAGCUGUCUGUGGAUGUUUACAUUUAUACUCCUUUCCAUCAGGAAGAUGCUUGGAAAGAUCUGCUUCCUUGAACCAAUUGUGUUUUCCUGCCUGGUUUGCUUGCUCUUUUGGAUACCCCAAAAGGGAUUUCUAAUGAGAUGCCUUUAACUUCUGAAACCUAGUGUGAAUAUGGGUGAAAGUUUAACAUACUUAAGUGGAUAAGUAGAUAGUGGUUAAAAAAACAAAACAAAACUAAUACCAGUGCAAACCAAAACUCCAACUUUGGUUUUGUCUGUGCUGUUUCCUGCUUAGAAUGGUUGGUCUGUUCUGCCCCUUCCUCUGACAUUUCUUCUCCUGUUAGGGAGUGGCUGAACUGCUGAACUGGUCGGUUGCCUCCAUGAAGUGAGCUGAAACUUGUUUCAUUUGCUCUUCUCAUUGCAUCCUGUGAUCUGUAAAGGACCACCAGCAGCUAGGCUGUCCCUCUGGCACAUGUUGGGAAAUACCAUUGUGCUGUGGAGGAAAACAACACCCUGCUCCUUCCCCCUGGCUCCUCCUCCUCUUCUCCUUGCUGAAUUAGAAGCUCCAGGAAUGUUCUAAUUGGCGGCGGCCUCUUCAAAAAGGAAAAUGGAUCUUGUUAUGUGAGGGCGUUGAGGAAGAGGGCCCCAGCUACCGAGAGGAAGAAAAGCCGGUGGGGAAUAUUCAGAUUGAGGGAUUUUAAUGGCUUUCAGGUAGAAGCCAAGUGGAGACAAUCAAAAUGAACUCUAUGGACAGGCACAUACAGCAGACCAAUGACCGGCUGCAGUGCAUAAAACAGCACUUACAGAACCCUGCAAACUUCCAUAAUGCAGCUACAGAGCUCCUGGACUGGUGUGGUGACCCCAGAGCCUUUCAGAGACCAUUUGAGCAGAGCCUGAUGGGUUGUUUGACGGUGGUUAGUCGAGUGGCAGCUCAGCAAGGAUUUGACUUGGAUCUUGGAUACAGGCUACUGGCAGUAUGUGCAGCCAACAGGGACAAAUUCACUCCAAAAUCUGCGGCGCUGCUCUCGUCGUGGUGUGAGGAGCUGGGACGGCUCUUGCUGCUUCGCCACCAGAAAAGCCGGCAGAACGAUCCUCCAGGGAAGCUCCCCAUGCAACCCCCCAUGAACUCUAUGAGCUCCAUGAAACCCACCCUCUCUCAUAGUGAUGGGUCUUUCCCUUACGACUCUGUUCCCUGGCAGCAAAAUACCAACCAGCCUCCAGGUUCCUUAUCAGUGGUCACCACGGUAUGGGGUGUGACUAAUACCUCUCAAAGCCAGGUGCUGGGAAAUCCAAUGGCAAAUGCUAACAACCCUAUGAACCCAGGAGGAAAUCCCAUGGCUUCUGGGAUGACUACCAGCAACCCUGGAAUCAACUCCCCUCAGUUUUCUGGGCAGCAGCAACAAUUUUCAGCCAAGGCAGGCUCCACUCAGCCGUAUAUACAGCAGGGCAUGUAUGGGCGACCCAACUACCCUGGAAGUGGAGGCUUUGGUGGGAGUUACCCUGGAGGCCCCAAUGCUCCCGCAGGGAUGGGCAUCCCGCCGCACACCAGGCCACCAGCCGAUUUCACCCAGCCAGCAGCUGCUGCUGCCGCCGCUGCAGUUGCAGCUGCAGCUGCUACAGCAACAGCUACGGCUACAGCCACUGUGGCAGCCCUUCAGGAAACGCAGAAUAAGGACAUGAACCAGUAUGGACCGGUUUGUUCCUCUUUCCAGAUGGGUCCAACUCAGGCUUACAACAACCAGUUUAUGAACCAGCCUGGUCCUCGUGGCCCUGCUUCAAUGCCAGGCAACAUGAACCCAGCAAGCAUGGGAGCGGGAAUGACACCUUCCAGCAUGAGUGGGCCACCCAUGGGCAUGAACCAACCCAGGCCUCCUGGAAUGAGUCCCUUCAGCACCCAUGGGCAAAGGAUGCCUCAGCAAGCCUACCCGGGCCCGCGUCCUCAGUCAUUGCCUAUACAGGGCAUAAAGAGACCGUACCCAGGAGAGCCUAAUUAUGGAAACCAGCAGUACGGACCAAAUAGCCAGUUUCCAAACCAGCCUGGUCAGUAUCCCACUCCCAACCCUCCAAGACCCCUUACAUCUCCCAACUAUCCUGGACAGAGGAUGCCAAGCCAGCAGAACACAGGGCAGUACCCUCCUCCAACAGUCAACAUGGGGCAGUAUUACAAGCCAUCAAGGCCUGUACCUGUGGCAAAUUACCCUCAUUCACCUGUUCCAGGAAACCCCACGCCACCUAUGACUCCAGGGAGCAAUAUUCCUCCAUACCUGUCACCUAACCAGGAUGUCAAACCACCAUUCCCACCUGACAUUAAGCCAAAUAUCAAUGCUUUACCACCACCUCCAAAUGCUAAAGGGAAAGUUCAUGCUUUCUCUCCCUCUUCGAUCCCAGCCAACCACAAUGAUGAGCUGCGUCUGACAUUUCCCGUGAGGGAUGGUGUUGUGUUGGAGCCCUUCCGGCUGGAACACAACCUGGCAGUCAGUAACCACGUCUUUCACUUACGGCCAACUGUUCAUCAAACGCUGAUGUGGAGGUCUGACUUGGAAUUACAGUUCAAGUGCUAUCACCAUGAAGACAGACAAAUGAACACAAACUGGCCAGCUUCAGUCCAGGUCAGCGUUAAUGCAACCCCACUUACCAUCGAACGUGGUGACAACAAGACAUCUCAUAAACCUCUGCACCUAAAGCAUGUCUGCCAGCCAGGAAGGAACACGAUUCAAAUUACAGUCACAGCAUGUUGUUGUUCACACUUGUUCGUGUUGCAGUUAGUACACCGGCCAUCAGUUCGCUCUGUACUUCAAGGUCUACUAAAGAAACGCCUCCUCCCAGCAGAACAUUGUAUCACCAAGAUAAAAAGGAACUUCAGUAGUGUAGCAGCUUCCUCUGGCAAUGCAACACUAAAUGGGGAAGAUGGAGUAGAGCAAACUGCUAUUAAAGUGUCUCUGAAGUGUCCGAUCACAUUCCGGCGGAUUCAGCUCCCAGCAAGGGGUCAUGAUUGCAAGCAUGUACAAUGCUUUGAUCUGGAAUCUUACUUACAACUGAACUGUGAAAGAGGAACUUGGAGGUGUCCAGUAUGCAAUAAAACUGCUCUGCUGGAGGGCUUGGAGGUUGACCAGUAUAUGUGGGGUAUUCUCAACGCUAUACAAAACUCAGAGUUUGAAGAAGUUACCAUUGACCCAACUUGCAGUUGGAGGCCAGUCCCUAUAAAGUCAGAUAUUCACAUCAAAGAUGACCCAGAUGGCAUUCCCUCCAAAAGAUUUAAGACCAUGAGUCCAAGCCAGAUGAUCAUGCCAAAUGUGAUGGAGAUGAUUGCAGCUUUGGGUCCUGGGCCAUCACCUUACCCAUCCCUCCCACCUCCUCCAGGAGGCAACAACUCCACCGAAUAUGGUAACCAAGGUAACAGUUACCAAGGUCAUGGCAAUUUUGAUUUUCCGCACGGGAAUCCUGGUGGAACAUCUAUGAAUGAUUUCAUGCAUGGCCCACAGCUGUCACAUCCCCCAGACAUGCCAAGCAGCAUGGCAGCUCUCGACAAACCUCUCAGUCACCCUAUGCAGGAAUCUAUCCCUCAUCCCGGCAGCACUGAUCAGUCCCAUACUUCCAUGCAGCAAGGUUUGCACGUCCCUCACCCCAGCAGCCAGUCAGGGCAGCCAUUACAUCACAGCGGGCCUCCCAGCCAGCAGUCCCGGCAGCCACCCCCGGCCGCUUCUGGCAACCAUCCACACAGUGACCUGACCUUUAAUCCCUCCUCAGCCUUAGAGGGUCAGGCUGGUGGACAGGGAGCACCUGACAUGCCGGAGCCCUCGCUGGAUCUGCUUCCAGAACUCACAAAUCCAGAUGAGCUGCUUUCGUACCUGGAUCCUCCUGAUUUGCCAAGCAAUAGCAAUGAUGACCUUCUGUCUCUCUUUGAGAACAACUGAACCCAUGUGUAUUCCCCCAUCCCUUUCACUUGUUCACAUGUGUGGCUGCACAGCGAGGAAUCUUAACACUCCUUUUCCACAAAAGAAGGAAAAAACACCUCACAAGUUGAUCCAGUGGUGCACUCCCUGCUUUCUUCAUCUCAGAACUGCUUUUGUCAGCUUCAAAAACUGCGAAAGUGACGGGAGAAAAAAUACACAAAAAAGUGCAGUAAUCUCAGAGUCCGCCGUGCUACGCGUCACAACGAAACACAGACAGUUGUGCAGCUAUUGGAAACCCCGUUUGUUGUUCAUCCUAUAGAGAGAGAGUUCUGUGAUAAACAUAGUGUGAAGUAUCUUGGCAAAAACAAAUUUUGGCAAGGGAAGAAAAGGCAACAAAAUGGAACUGUCUUUAAUUGACCUGUCUCAGAGUGUCCUUCCAACGCAUGUUCUUCCAUUUAUUUGAAACCAUCUCCCUCCACCCUGCUUCUCCUCUGUCCCUCUCCAAGCACAGGUUUGUGUUGGAGCAAUUGUUCUGGCCACACACAAAACGAAAAACAGAAACACAAACAAAGCUCCAAAAAGCACAAAUUGUACAGUAGAAUGGCAAAGGUAGGGAAGAAAUACGAGCCCAUCAAGAGAGUGACAGCAGUUUAGUAAACACAUUGUCAGUAAUGGAGUCCUGAGCAUCUCCAGGCCGCAGCCGCGUGUGUUUGGACUUACAAAAGUUCAGGAAUCUUAAACACUUCUUUGCAAAGGAUUCCUCUGUUCAAACACACACAUUGGAAGCACAUGGAAAAAAUAAAAUAUACUUUCAAUGUUUAGGGUUCUUCUGUGGUUUGGUUUCAAAUCAUUACCGUUUGUGGCUGCGUUGACACCCAACUGUUGAGAUGGUUGUAACAGGUCUUUUUGCCAUAUAAUCCAUACAGAAUGGAAAAGAGAGGGAGGGGGGAAUGCAAACCAAAACACUCUCGGUUAUUAACCUUCAGCCUUUGCUUCCUGAGCGUUUGCGUCACUGUGUGUAUUGCACAACACAUAAUAAGACAAGCUAGGUUGAAGGCAGAUAGGAAAUCGUUGCAGGAUGAGGGAGAGUAACAUCACGAUCUGCAUAAGUAUUUUUCAUAAUCAGCUUGAAAAGGGGCAUUGAAAUUGGAUAGACAUAGCUUCUUUUUUUACUUUGCUUUGCGUUCUGUUUUCAUGACUGUUACAAAUAAUUCAAACUCUUUCUUUUCUCCUCCUUCGGUUUCUUUUUUUAAACCUUAGGUGCCAGGAAGAGAUUGUUCUCAUGAAGGAAAGGGCAUGGGGAGGAAAAGUGACUUGGUAGAUUGCUGCUGCCCUCAAGAGACCCUAAUGCCACAAUCACUGUCUUGCCCCUGUGAUCCGUGCUUCUCGUGUGGUUGCUUCUCCUGCAUGAGCUUCCUAUUGCUUCUGUGCCCAUUUCUGUGCUCUUUGUCUCUCUCUCUCUCUCUCUUUUAUAAAUUAUGUACAGUAGCUGUGUAAGAAGUGCAUGUGUGCCAACUUUGCCCUCGUGGUGCAACAUUUCAGCUUUUGCCCACUGUAGAGUUAUCAGUUAAUUUCUUUUUGUUACUAAAGCAAAUUUGACCCUACUCCUUUCUUCAUCCCAGACCCAAUCCAGUAACUUUUAUUUGCUCGCCACAACGCGUUUUAAACUUAAGUGCCAGACAAAUUUUGUUUGUUCCCAUCUGUUUGACUAGAGAGUUUCCUAGCCCUCUGUGUUCAGUUUGCAAGCUGUAAAUGGCAUGCUAUGUGCUUACAACUCUGGAUUUGCUUUCCUCACCAAAGUCACGUUUGUAAAUUCUUUGCAGUUCUUGUUUUAUUUUGCUCUUUGUUAACAUUUCCCACUACUGCUGUACAUGCGUCGUGAUAUAUAUAUGCUAGUCAGCAGCACCUUGCUGUAGAUAUUAAAGGAAAUGGCAGUUUAGUUCUUUUAUUUUCCAGUAGGAGUAUUGAAUCUGUCAAACAUAUUAUGUAGAGAUGGUCCCACACUUAUAUUUUUCCUGUUUCGAGUUUUUUUAAGAAAGGCGCUGUUCAUUAUGCAAAAUCAAUUAUUUUAAGAAUUGCUAUUGUAAAUAUCUUUGUGAAUAUUUUAGUAUCGUCUUUGAUAAUAUUCAACAUUUUCAUGAUCUGAUUAUACUUUUGCUGGUGUUUUUAAAUACCUUGUCUGAAAAAAAAUAUAUGGGUCCUUUUUUAACAAAAAAAAAAAAAAUUUGAGGGUUCUUUAACAGAAUGAGGGAGGUUUUUUUUCUUCCCCCUCCCCGCACCCCUCUCCCCCCCCCUCCAAUCCGUUUUCUUUUGAAAAAUUAGCCCAAACUUCAUAUCCAUUUACCUGAUGAACGAAUUGAUAUGUCAGGCAGUACCUGGACAAUCAGGGCCUAGCUCUGUCAUGGAAACACAGUAAGAAGUGAUUGCCUAGGGCAAAAAUCCCACCACCCAACCAACCGAUGUUCCCUGGCCAUGUGAUGCCUGUGGGCUGGUGACGGCAGAGGUUUUGUCCCUUUGCCCCAGUGAGCAGGACACCUAGGAGCAGCUGUCUGAACGGGUGAAGAAGCACUAAGGCAAGCAGCGAGUACGUAAGGUACCGUAUUUAUAUCACUGUGCUGGUGUUCCAGCCUGCAGAGCUGGGCACACUAACACGAAGGGAUGCUGGUGGGUGGGGAGGGAAACAGUAUAGUACACUUUAUUCUGCUUAGAAGUGUCUUUUUUCUUAUGUAGGCUUGACAACCUGUAGAGGAUCUCUGCAGAAUAUAAAAGAUACCUUGGUAUAAUACAUGGUAACGUGGUUGUGGUGUGGUGCUGCUGCCACGUUGACACUAGGAAAGACCAUUCUUCAGUUACAGAUGUGUUUUGUAGCCAUUUUACUGUAGUAGUUUUCCCCUAUAUUUUUGCUGCAUUGUUCAUGUAUGUAUUGAAGCCAUUUUCAGGGGUGGCGAAUGAUAAACCGACGUUAUGCCCUUAGAGUUUUGUUUUGUUUCAUUUCGGGGGAAGUUUCUUAAGCCAUAGGUUUUGGAAUAAAGAACAUUUCUCAGUACUAGAUGGAAUGGGUUGCUCAGCUUUUUUAAUUGAUUCUAUUUAAUCCACUCUCCAUUGUUUCCUGAGCAGCUAAGUUAGUCACCUGAAAUUGCUUUUCUCUUAAACACAAUGUUAGCAUUUUAAACCAGGUAUGUUAAGAAUUGACUUUUUGCUAACUGGUAGUAUUUAAAAUGUAUCAUCUGAAAGUACCUGCUGGAAAGAAUAAAGGGAAAAAAAAAACAAAAACAUGUCGUUAUUAGCAAUAUGUUUGGAGCAGUGUUUGCAUCUGCUUUGUACAGUAAUGGAGCGUUAAAGUGGAUGGUUGACAUGUUGGAGCUUAGAGAAGCGUUCGGUUUCUAAGCAGAACUUAGAUGAGAAAACACAAUUUUUACCCAUCACCCAAAUGUUGGACAUACGAGACAGUUUUAAAUCUAUGUCAGCUAAAAUCAGGUACUGUAUAGUAGAUUCAGUAUGGAAAAGCUUCUAAAUGAAAAUUUAGUUAUUUUUUUAUCUGUUCACUGCCGUAUUAAAGUUUAGAGAAAAAACCUAGCAAAUAGGGUAAUCACAGUCAUUUCUUUUAAAGCUUAAUUAUUGUAUGAAAUUCCAGUAGUAUUUUUAUUCUUCUUUUUUUGUUUGUUUACUUUUUAAUUGUUUCCCUAUGGAAGUUCAUCUGGGAAAGAACCCACAGAAAUCUACAGUUCUGCUGCCAAGACAUUAUUAUAGGACUGACAGAUACACGCCAAUGUCUGCAGCGGAGACUCAAGGGACAUCUGUACAUAUGUAAAUGACAAAUAGAGACAUGUUAACAGAAAUGCAUUCAUUUUCCUUGGAAUGUGCAUUGUUUUUAUUUCGCAGGAAAAAAAAAAAAAAAGCUUGAAGCUCCAUCUUAUGUGGAAAAUGAAUCCUGUUUGUUAGCGUUCGUGGAGUCCCGGCAUUCGUUUCACUUUCACUUCUGUAAUAUACUCUGAUCCUUCGUUUUGUUUUGUUUUAUCUACAUGUAAUAUUUAGCUUACGUGUACUAGUCUAUCACCUGUGUAUUUUUAGGGUGCUACAGAAAUAAUGAAGAAAAAUAAGGGGAUUACCAAAAAAAAAAAAAGUAAAUUGUAACCAAAUUCAUAACUUUGUACAAUUUUUGAUAUUGCGAUCAGAGGGGAAUUAAAAAAGAGAAAAAAAAAAGAAGUACAAUCUGACGUAACACGCAAAAACGGCCAUUGUCUUUGUUUGUACAUUGUAUGUACAGUACAAUGCAAUCAUUUCAUACUUUAAACUGGUCAGAAAAAAUAAUUGUGAUUUUUAGUCUUGCAAAACUGUAUGUAGUUAGAUGAUGUGACAACCUAAUAUUUAUCUAAUAAAUAUGUAUUCAGAUGAAACCUGUA